ACUCUAGUUUUCACAGAUAACCUCGAAGACAGCACCCCAUACAUGCAAGAAUUCGUCUUCACACUUUUUUAACAAGCAGGAGCAAGAAAGAACAAAAAGAAUGGGAAGUGAGCAAAGCAUUCUCGAAAAUAAGGGCUACGUUUUGGAGAAAACUGAAAACAAAAAUGAUCCAGAUAUGCCUUUUGCUGCCACAAAGGGAGAUGAGAAAUUUCUUAUAAAAAUGUUUACUUCAAAUCCAGCAAGUGAAAUAACGAUUCAGGGAGAAUUAGAUUCUGAGAGAAAACUCCUCAACAUAAGCCAUCCUCAUAUUGUGAGCAGCAAAAUUGAAAUUUCAGGAUAUUAUUAUGUAGUGACUGACUACUGUGAAGGAGGAAGUCUUGCUGACAAAAUCAAAGAAAGGAAUGAACCUCCACAAGAAUCUGAGGUGUUGAGCUGGAUUGUUGAAAUCUGUAUGGCAUUGAAAACCAUUCAUCAAAAAGGCUUCCUUCAAAAGGAUCUGACCCCAGAGGACAUACAUUUUACAACAUUUGGGAAAUUGUGCUUGGGUGGAUACCAGAAAGUCUAUGAAAAUUUAAAAAACACAACCUCUAAGAAAAGCUCUACUGAAACCGGUUACAUGGCACCAGAGGUCUAUCUAAAGGGGACCUUUGAUGUUAAAAGUGACAUUUGGUCAGUGGGAUGCAUACUGUAUGAGCUCUGUACUCUGCAACCAGCGUUCUCAGCGGAAUCCACAAUCAUGCUCACUUCCAAGAUACAUCAGGGUCCUUACCCAACUCUGCCAGAGCAUUUUUCAGAAGACCUCUGUGACUUAUUGAAUGAUAUAUUUAAUCAAGAUCCAGUAUCAAGACCAACAACCAGUGAGAUCAUGGAGUGUCCCUUAAUUAUCAACUGUCUUAUAAAUAAGAUCAAAAAGACUCUGAAUGAAGUGCAGACCAAGGUGGAUGCACUAAGGGCUCUUGCUGAUGGUUUGGAGCGUGUGCAUCAGGGCACCACCAUCGGUAGUCUGGCAGGAGGCGUGAUUGGAGCAGCGGGAGGGAUCACAUCCAUAGUGGGGCUGUUUUUGGCUCCCUUCACUUUGGGGGCGUCUCUCAUUGUCACUGGAGUUGGCGUUGGUGUAGGUGCAGUUGGUAGUGUCACUGCCGGUGUCUCAAAUAUAACAAAUAUGGUCAACCAGUCUACCGAUCGCAAAGCUGUGCGAAACGUCAUUAAAGAGAUUGAAGAGAAAACCCAUGCUGUUAUCACCUGGCUCCAAGAACUUAACAACAGUUUACAGAAAGCCAGAAGCAGAUGUGAGACACUUGAGUGUGGCCAUUCAAAGAAAGAAUAUCUGGCCAAAUCAGGCAUAAGGGGUUUAAAGUGCCUAGGUGGUGUCGCUGAACUGGUUAGACUAGUUAAAGUGAUGAACGUUGGCAAAAUUGCAGCACAAGGAUCCAGGGUGGUGCUUGUUGCACAAGUCACAACAGGUGUACUCUCUGCUUUAUUUGUAGCAGCAGACAUUUUCUUUAUUGCCAUGGAUGCUAAAGAGAUCCACCACAUUAGACAGGCAAAGGCAGCAAAUGAGGGAACCAAUUCUGAGGCUGAGUCUGAGGCUGCAACAAAUGUAGAUAUGUCCACAUCUGAUGAGGUUGAACUACUGCCAGGUGUUCCCAAGCACAACAGAUCACAGUCACAGGACCAGUCACCCUCAGAAAACACUCAGGUCAACUCUGAGGUAAUGAAAUUUGUCCUAUGUGUCAGGAAAGCAGCAGAUGACCUGCAGAAAGUUUUGGAUGAACUGAAGAGCAUGAUAGAAAGUAUCACCUCACCAGAGGAUGACAGCAACCUGGAUUGUCAUAAUAGAAAUGCUGUAUGACUUCUCAGGAUGAGAGAGAACUGAUAGAAUAAUCAAAAAUGUAUAAAUCAAAUCAAAUUAUAAGUAAAUUCUGUGUAGCAAAAAUACGACGGAAAAUAUGGCUGUAUCCAAAAGGGGAAGAAAUAAGGUGAAACAGUUAAACAUGUAAACAUUGAACGGAAAAAGGCCUCACCUUUUUACAAUAUAUUAAACCUGGUUGUGAAUGGUUGUGCCUUGCAAAAGCAUGAUUGUUACUAAAGGAAAAUACAGAAGGCAUGUCUUUGUUUUGCUUAUUGCUUUAAAAUUCAUCUCCUUAUUCAGUUUUUUGAUUUUCAGAAAUAAAAAACACAAUUUUAAACAUCA